AUGUGGAUUAUUUUAAUCUUGUUAACAAUCAAUUUUAUACCUCAAAAUAUUGAUUUUCUCUAUGGUAACAAUCAUGAUAUCAAACAAUCUAAAUGGAAUAGUAAUAAAGAACAACAACAAAUUCGUAACAUUCAUAAUCUUUCUAAUUAUGUCAUAUUAAAGAAUCAAAAUAUCGAUUUGUUCAAUUUCAUUCAAAGAAUUAAACGAUCCAAAUCAAACGAUGUAAAAGAUCUUCAUACAAUGGAGAAUAAUAAAGAUUUGAAUAACUCGAAUAAGAAUGAUAAGAAUGAUCAUUCUGAUGAUGUUAAUCAUAAGAAUAAUGAUCCUAUUCCAAAUGUUAUAGAUAAUAAUGAACAUUUAAUCAAUUCUAAUAGUAAAGUGCCUAGUUCAUCUAAUUAUCAUCCAUUAAGUUCUAAUCAAUUAUUACAUAAUUCAAUGGAUCAUGAAAAAGUACUUAGACCAGAGAAAUGUAUCCCAAUUGAAAUACCAUUAUGUAAAAAUAUUGGUUAUAAUUUAACUUACUUACCAAAUGCAUUUAAUCAUGAAACACAAGAAGAAGCUGGUUUAGAAGUUCAUCAAUUCUAUCCUUUGGUUGAAAUUAAUUGUUCAGAUGAUUUAAGAUUAUUUUUAUGUAGUAUGUAUACACCAAUUUGUUUACCAAAUUGGCAUUAUCGUUUAACUGCAUGCAAAUCAUUAUGUGAAAGUGCACGUGAUGGAUGUAUGCCAGUUAUGCGUACUUAUGGAUUUGGUUGGCCUGAAAGGAUGAAUUGUGAUCUUCUACCAGAAGGAAAUGAAUGUGUUAGUCGAAGUAAUACACCAAACAAUAGAAAAGUGACAUCCUCCUCCUCCUCCUCGUCAUCAUCAUCUUUACCUUCUGGUGACCAACAAAUUGGAAUGAUCCAUAAAGAUACUACUAUUACUACUACUACUACUAAUAAUAAUAAUAAUGAUCAUAAGAUGAAUGAUAUUAUACUUGGAAAAGGUGAAGACCUAUCAUUAAAUAAUGAAUUAUAUAAUUUUAUCAAACAAAUUCAUUUAUAUAUAAAGCCAACUUUAUCCAAUGAUUCAAAUAUCCCACCAUCAGAAACAUUGAAUCAAUUACAUGAAUAUUUAACAACAAAAAUAGAUUCUCAAAAAAUCAAUAAAAAAUCCAAUCAAAUCAAUAAAAAAUCAAUUAAAUCUAAUCAAAAUUUAUUUAAUCCAUAUUUAUGUUUACCAUGUGAAUGUCGUGAUCCAUUUAUAAAAUGGAUAAAACCACCAUUAAAUGAAGUGAUAACUGGUCAUAUAAAAAAUUGUUUACCAUCAUGUUAUUAUCCAACAUUUAAUAAUCAAUCUGAUAAAACAUUUGUCACAUUUUGGCUUAGUUUAUGGUCUAUAUUAUGUAUUCUAUCAACAUUAAUGAUUAUGAUCACAUUUCUAGUGGAUUCCAAUCGUUUUCAAUAUCCGGAACGUUCAAUUAUUUAUUUAUCAACAUGUUAUUUUAUGAUUGCAAUUGGUUAUAUAAUACGAGUUAUUAUAGGACAUGAAUUGAUUGCAUGUAAUGGAUUAAUGCUUAGAAUCAAUACAACUGGACCUAUUCAAUGUAGUAUUGUAUUUUUAUUAACAUAUAUAUUUGGUAUGGCAUCAUCUAUAUGGUGGGUUAUAUUAACAUUAACAUGGUUUUUAGCUGCUGGAUUAAAAUGGGGCACUGAAGCCAUUGCAAAAUAUUCUCAGAUCUAUCAUUUUUUUGCAUGGUUUAUUCCUGGUACAAAAGCGAUCAUCAUAUUGAUUUUAUCAGCAAUUGAUGGUGAUCCAAUUAGUGGUUUAUGUACUGUUGGUUCAAUUAAUUUAUAUUAUUUACGUAUAUUUAUCCUUAUCCCAAUGUGUAUUUAUUUAAGUUUAGGUACAAUCUUUUUAUUCGCUGGUUUUAUUGCUUUAUUUAAAAUACGUAAUGAAAUUAAAUGUCAAACUCGUAGUCAUCUGAAAACGGAUAAAUUAGAGAAAUUAAUGAUUCGUAUUGGUAUAUUUAGUGUAUUGUAUAUUGUCCCAGCAACUAUUGUUAUAGCAUGUUAUUGUUAUGAAUUAUAUUAUCGUGAUCUAUGGAAUAAAGGACAUAAUUGUCCAUGUAUUACAUUAUCAUAUAUGAAAGAUUUAACACAUCAGAAUCUAUUAGAUCAAUUGAGAUCAUUAUUUAUCAAUCAAGAUCCUGAUCAUCAUGAUCAUGAUCCUGAUAAUCAUCAUACAUUAUCAUUCAAUGAUCAAAUGAUCAAAGGUAAACAUGGUUUUACAUUACAUUUAAAUCCACCACAAUAUGUAAAUGUUCAACCGGAAUAUGCAGUGUUUAUGUUAAAAUAUUUUAUGUCACUUGUUAUUGGUAUUACAUCAGGAUUUUGGAUAUGGUCUAGUAAAACAGUGAAUUCAUGGCAAUUAUGUUUAAAACGUGUAGUUCAUUGUUCAUCUAAAACAACUUCUAAACAUCAUCAUCAUCAUCAAAGAGCAGUAUCUAUUGGUGUUUUAAGUCAUACUGGAGUACUUGUACCAAAUCGUUCACCACCACCGCCACCACCACCACCACCACCACCACUACCAAAUCCAGGUACAAUGAGUUGGAAUACAGGACAAUCAAAAGUUUGGAUGAAUAGUAAUAGUCAUUCUAAAUUGUCAAAUGGAUUAAAUCUAGGUGUUAAUAAUUGUACAACAUGGCAAGAUGAUUACAUUUCUAAUAAUCGAUUACUUCCACAACCACCAUCAACAAAUCUUGAAUGUCAUCAUUCUACUGGUAUUCAUAUAAAUCAGACAAUGCCUAUUCCAGUUGGUUCAGUUAUUGGAACAUCAGGUUUACAAGUUAAUUCAGGAUCAUUUACUAAUGGUCCAUUAGAUGGUACAGCCAUAAGUGGAGGUAGUGGUACAAGUUUACCUGGACAACAACAUAAUGGACGUAAAAUUGAUGCCAAUAAUCUAUUUCUUAUGUCGUCGGUACCAAUAACACAUAUCUGAACAGUUCAAUACAAUUCAUCUAUAACAUUAUAUAAACACUCAUAUAACUAUUAAAGCCUUUUUCAUCCCGGUCUAUCACUAAUAUCAUAUAAAACAUCAUAAACACUAUGAAAAGGUAUCAGUUACCAAUUCUAACUUAAAUCACAAUUCAUUUUACAUUGGUAAAACUUACUAUUAACCUUUCAUAUUGUCAAUAUCAACAUUAAACUACUUAAAUACUGUGGUAGAUAUACCGGGGGGGGGGUAUGGGUAUUUUGUUAUUUCUUUACAUUAUAACUUAUGAAUAUAUAGACUUAUUUUAGUUUGUAAAUGUGAAUAUAAAUUUAAGGCAGCUUAUACAAAGUACUUAAAUUUGUAAAUGAGUAGUAGUAAUCAUACUACUGAAUUACAGUCUCCUUUGUUUGUUUGUUUGUUUAGAUUUCUUCUCUUCACAUUGAUAUCCAUUUGUAGUUGAGAGAAAUUCCGAAUGGUUUCUACUUUUCUUCUUCUUUUGCUUUUUGCUUUAUUUUUGAAGUUCUUUCUAUAUUUCAAAAGGUUUUUUACAAUUUCAUCAUACCUCUAGUUACUUACUUACUUUACUUAUGUCUGUUACUCCUAAUGGAGCAUAGGUCAUCGAAUCAUACCUCUAGUACACUUUCAUAAUAGUUUGUAUAUAAUGAUUACAUUCAAGUAACGUAAUCUCUCUCUCACACACUCUCUCUCUACCUAUCUACCCACUUAUCUAUCUAUCUAUAUGUAUGUAUAAAUGUAUGGUUCAUAAUUUACAACUUUUUAUUUUGUUGUAACAAUUGAACAGAAGGACAUGGACAGAAUCAAUCACUUGAAAUUUGUGCCUUUCUCCUUUUUUUUCUUUUGUAUCAGUCAAUUAAACACUUAAACUCAAUGAGAUUUACAUGAUUUGAAUAUAAACAGUUUUGUUUAUCGGCAAAGAAAUAUCUAAAUUUAAUGAUAAUGGUAACAAUACUAAAACUACUACUUUUACUACUAUUAAUAUUACCACUACUAGGACCACUACUAUCCUACCGCUACUAAUACUACUACUACUACUACUACUACUACUACUACUACUACUACUACUACUACUACUACUACUACUACUACUACUACCAAAGUUUAGUAAAUUAUCAUGAUUCUAAUUAAGAAUUAUGACUUUAGCAUUUUUCUUGUGCAUAAUUUGUACUUACAUUUGUAAAUAAUAAUAAUACUAAUUUUUGCAUGUGUAUUACUUGUUAUAGUAAAUUGAAUAAACACACUUAUACAUAGUUAUCAAGUUGUGACAUUAAUAGCUCAAUAAAAAAAUAUUAUUUU